AAGUGUAAUGAACGAGAAUGACUCCACAGCCUCUGGACUUAUUCUGACGUCGUCAAAUGCUCUCUCGUCAUUAAGAAGAAGCAGAUGCUUUGGACCGGCCGAGCGGUAUCGUGAAUGCAAUACUGCUCCGUGUCCGGGCGGCUUGCCGGGCGCGGGGCGCGCGCAGCAGUGCGCGGCGUACGACCACCGGCCCUUCCGCGGCAGAUUCUACCACUGGGUGCCCUAUAUUGAUGGUAAUUCCCCGUGCACGCUGAACUGCCGGCCGCUGGGCAAGCAAUUCUACGCCACGCUGGCGCUGGUGGCGGAUGGAACACCCUGUACCAAGCCGGGCGCCACCGCCGUCUGUGUACAGGGUGUCUGUAAGGUGGUGGGUCUCUCGGAGGUGGGUGGCGCGGGCGCGGGCGAGGCGCGCUGCGGGCGGCGGCUGGUGUCGGGGCUGUUCUCCCGGCCGCGGCUGCCGCUCGGCUACUCCCUCGUGGCCACGGUGCCGCGCGGCGCCUGCCGGCUCAACGUCUCCGAGAUCCUGCCCACUGACAACUACAUCGCGUUGAAGCUGUCGAAUUCUUCGUACAUAAUGAACGGUGAGUUCGCGGUGAGCACCCCGGGCUCGUACGACGCGGCCGGCGCCCGCUUCCAGUACUCCCGCGUCGGAGAUCUGGACUCGGUGUACGCGCACGGGCCUAUUCUACAUGCUGUUGAUAUUAUGAUUCUUUAUACGCAACCGAAUCCAAGUAUAAAGUACGAAUAUUACACGGAAUCUAUCCCGGGAGAAUUGGACACUGAAUCUCGAUUGAGCACCGACCCAGAGGCUCCUUCCACUAGUGCACCGAAACAUGUGAGACGCCAUCACGCAUUCAGGACUCGCCCAAGACUGCCUGAAGGUAUUCCGAGAUAUGCUGAACCAGCUGUCGUAUCGAAAGAAGAUACAGAUGAAUUUGGGGAAGACAACUUGGUAGGAUCUCGGAUGUUCAUGUGGAAGAUCUUGGCGUACACACAGUGCAGUCGCACCUGCGGCGGUGGAAUACAGAUCGGAAAGUUCCGUUGCGUAGAGAGCAGCGCGAACGGAUUAGACAGAGAAGUGUCUCCGGUCCACUGCGCUGGGUCUCCUCCCGUGAGUCGCCGCAAGCGCUGCGGCUCCGGCCCGUGUCCCCCGCGCUGGCGCGCCGCACCCUGGACCACCUGCCCGCAGUGCGGCCCCGCCACCAGGACCAGGAUCGUCGGCUGUGUGCAGGACCACUCCAAGGGUAUAACUAAAAUAAACGACCACAAAUGCCCAGCUCCUAAGCCAGAAACCAUUCAGAAUUGUGAGAUACCAAACUGCAAUAACACUGAUGUUGAAGUCAAUUCGGAAUCAAUUGAAGAAAUUGACACAAGUCGAUUUAAUGGGCGUAGAAUUCAGACUGAUAAUUUCCGAGACGGUCCAGUCUACACCGUGAGUGUCAAUAACUCGGAUGAUGUGAUUGGUCCCGAAUACUCUUAUAGUGCCGCUGGAGGGUGGCUCUUUACAGAAUGGUCAGAGUGUGUGGGGUGGUGCGUGGGAGGCGGCGUGCAGACUCGAGGGGUGCGUUGUGCGGACCCUGCAGGGUGCGGUCCAAGACCUGACACUUUCAGGACAUGCUCCGUCGCGACUAAGUGUGAACCUUAUGAAGGGCAUUGGUAUACAGGAGACUGGUCAGCCUGCUCAUCCACUUGCGGAGGCAAGCAGGUGCGCGGGGUGCUGUGUAUCGGAGGCAGCGGGAGGCACCUGAGAGACGCGGCCUGCGCGGGGCCGAGACCGCCGCAUGAGCGGGACUGCGGGGAGCAGUGCGGGGCUACUUGGUACAUGAGUGACUGGAGUCAGUGCACCGGGCUGUGUGGUGAGGGGCUCCAGCGCCGGGCAGUGUGGUGCGGCGGCGGCGGCGGCACGCUGGCUUCCGAAGACUGCCCUCAGCCGCGGCCGAGUGACCAGAGGGUGUGCCAGCUACACGCAUGCACGGCGAACAAGGAUGCGGCUACUGACGCUAGCAACGAUUCUCAACGGAUAGCUCGAAACGAAGUUACGAAUACUCAAGAGAUUACUACAGAAAGUAAAGAAUACGAAUGCAUCGAUAAACUCAACAACUGUGGUUUGGCCUUGCAAGCGCGCUUAUGCCACUACAAGUAUUACACACAAAACUGCUGCUUCUCCUGCAGAGGAAGAUAAACUAAAUUUUGGUAAACAUAAAGUUUAUUUAACAAA